AUGUACAACGGCAUCGGCCUGCGCACAGUGCGCGGCUCCGGCACCAAUGGCUACGUGCAGCGCAACCUCAGCUACGUGAACGCGUCGCGCACGCGGCAGACGCUGGCGCGCAACCAGCGCGGGGGCGCGUCGGGGGACUUUGGCGCGCACCGAGGCGGCAAGGGCCGGCCGCCGCCAAACGCGGACAUCCUGCUGCACGAGCAGAAGCGGAAGGUGGAGCUGCAGCUGCUGGAGAUAUCGCUGGAGAUGGAGGACCGCGGAUGCGACCCCGAGGAGAUCCAGGAAAAGGUCAAGCGGGAGCGGGAGCGGCUGCUGGCGCGACUGAACGAGGCUAGCGACCGAGGGGGGGAGAAGGCCAAGGACGCGGAGAGCUCCCACGCCCGCCAGAAGAGGAAGGAGGAGGAGAAUAAGAGGAUCAAGGACGCGUUCGGCAUCGCCACGGACUACGUGGCCGGCGAGAGUUUCGACCCGGAGGCGCAGGAGCGGCGUCGUAUGGAGCGGAAGGAAAGGAAGGAGCACGAGUGGAAGGAGAGAGAAAACGCCGCUCGGUGUCCUCGUCCAGUUCGGGAUCGUCGCGCAGCAGAAGUUCCCGUGCGUCCAGCUCUUCGCGUUCCCGCUCACGCAGUAGGAAGUCGCGUCAUGAGAAGAUUUCGUCGAAGAAGAAGAGGGCGAAGCGCUCUCCAUCGCAAUCGUCCAGCGGGUCGAGUCGUAGCCCCAGUCGCAGUCCCAGUCGCGGCCAUGAUGGAUCCCGUCGUACGAAGACUGAAGUGAAGGUGAAGGCGGAGAAGUUGUCGGUCAGUGUGUCACCUGCACGUUCGGCUGUGCU